CCGUCGAUCGACUUUACAAGCAGCAGCAAAGAGAUGUCGGACGGCACGGCCACCUGCGUCGACAUCAUCCUCGCCAUCAUCCUGCCGCCGCUCGGGGUCUUCUUCAAGUUCGGCUGCGGGGCUGAGUUCUGGAUCUGCCUCAUCCUCACCUUCUUCGGCUACCUCCCAGGCAUCAUCUACGCUGUCUGGGUCAUCACCAUGUAGCCGGCCGGCCGAGAGGAACCACGGUUCCCUGCCACUGCCAGGCAGACAUGCAGCUGGCCGUGCUGUCUUAUUAAUUGCUAGCUUCUGUUUCCGCUGAAGAAUCAUCAGGACGCAUGUACUUGGAUCGAUCGAUGGAUCAUUAAUGAGCUGUUUCUUUCUUUCUUUGUUUAACCGAUCGACCAGUUCGGCCUUUUCUACCUUGGAUUUGCGUUAACUGUUGGGUUACGUUCAGAUCAGUACUUGGUUUGUUUGGGUCGUUGGGAGAUGGGAAUCGAUGCAUAUCCUCUGCCGUUGUUUGCACUACGAGAGGGCAGCUCUCAUGGCUACCUUCUAACUUUCAGUAGAGACGGCAGACGGCAGAGCAGCUCAAAGAUGGCACAGCCGCCACAAUCUGAUGGUACAGGGAAUCGGCCAACUGUUGUGUAGAAACAACUGCAGCUCUGCAGGUGAAGAGGAAGGUAUUUUUAAAACCAACAAUAUAGAUAUGCUAACAGAAACACAUUGUGUUGUCUCAUAUGCAUAUGCUAACAGGAAAAAAAAAGUACAGCCAACCGCAUUCAAUAGCUGCAAAGAAAAAAAAACCGAAAAAAUAUCACCACCUCCCCUCAAUUCAAACAUUUUAGGGCUAGUUUAAAAACUUAGAUCUUCUUCGGGGUUUCCGGAGAUUGAAUGAAAAAUUAACUUUUUUCUCUCAAUCUCCGGAAAUACCGGAGUAGAUUUAAGUUUCCAAAAGAGCUUCCAACCAGAACUAAAGGGUACGUGGUACCUUUAGUUAUAGCCCUUAGAACUACCAAUCGGGACCAAAGGUAUUUUCUAUGUACUAAUUGUUGAAUCUGAACUAAUAACUAGCAUUAGUCCUAGGCUCUAAGACGAUCGAAAUUAAUGGUCUACCCUAAAAUUUUAUUCUCUACUAGUGUUUCCUUUAUCAUUUUUUACGUGAGGAAAAAUAAGAAGAUAUAUACUAGGCAAAUUUUAGCUUGGUCAUAACCAAACACAAUUUUAUUAGCCCCAUUUAGACAUGAACCUAACUUGAUAAUGGUUAAAGUUAGGCAUG